AAAAUGAACGGCGGAAAUUCUGGAGCGGUGUUUUUUUUGGGGACUAGAGCACAUUAUCAGGUCCUCAACCAACCCGAUCGCCCCUUCGACGUGGAAAACGGGAACUCUUCUCAAACUGGCUCCACAGCCAGCUCUCUCUGGCCAGACACGGACUCUCAGAACAACGAGCGCUGGUGCAACGACAACGAUAUUAACGUAAAUGAGGACAAAGAUACGGGAGUGAAGAGGCGAGCUAAACGGCGGCCGAGCGAGACGGCGCUAUGCGAGGACAUGAGACCGGCGCAACUAAACGGCAAUGUUAAUGACAGCGACACACCAAAAUCCAAAGGCCGUCGCGUGAACUUCUUCAACGCAAUAACUUCCCUCGCGCGACGCAAACGUCGGUUACAGUCGCACACCUAUUUGAAACACUUGGCCGUCCUCACUACGUGCACCUACAGAGACUCCUGCCGGUGUCUAGAAUGUCAGAGCCGCUACUUCGAAUGCGACGAGGAUGAGGAAUCCUCGGAAGAUGACGAGUACGAGUAUUAUGCGGCUCUUUACGCGAGCCAGGUCAAUAAGUGUCAGCAUGAUGAUGAUGAUGAGGUAUUCAUAGACACUGUGCCUGAAGACAACGCGUCCACCGACAUGUUGCUGGACGCGGACGAGCCUAAAGACAAGUCCGUCUCGUCGGACAACGUGUCCGAUAACACGGAGCCUGAAGCCGACGCACACCUCGAGAUGGAGGUCGCAGCCGGCACGCCGAUAGUCCUCAACUAUCUGCUCACCCAUCCCUUCCACUGCUGUAUCCAGUAGGACAGCAAAACGGGCGUGUUUGACCCCGACCCUGACCUCAAGUUGGGUCAUCGUGCUUUCCCUGACCGUUGGUCAUUGAACGUGC